AUGGGAGGAGAGGACGUAGUUAGACUAUCAAAGAAGGAGUUGAAGCAGAUCAACAAUGAGUUGAAUGAUGUUAUGAUCACUGUUAUUAAAGUUAGAGAGUUGUUGGGUCUAGGAUCAAACAAAAGUUUAUCAUCAUCAUCAAAGGAUAAGGAUAGAGAUAGAAGUAGAGAUAGAGAUAGAGAGAGAGAAAGAGAGAGAGAAAGAGAGAGGGAUAGGGAGAGAGAGAGAGAAAGAGAGAGAGAAAGGGAGAGGGAGAGAGAAAGAGAUUUAAAGAGAGAUAGAGCGGAUAGUGAUGAUGAGGACGACUCGUCCAGCAUAAGUGACGAGGAGAUAUUGGCCAUUGCUAAUGGUCGCAAUUUGAAGAAGAAGCAGAAGAAGUCUAGUGGAAGUGGAGCGGGCGACAGCGGCGACACCACACCCAGGAAGAGAAAGAUGAAGCCCACGCCAAAGGGCAUCAACAGGGGUGUGUGGAGCACGGAGGAGAUCGCCAGACUCGACGAGGCAAUGACGCUGUACAAGGAGGACCCCGACCGCAUUAGCAAGCUGGCCUUGCAUGUUAAGACCAGGACGAAGGAGCAGGUCAGGAAGCAUUUGAUCUACAACAAGGACAAGCAUAGGAAUAAGCCAACGUCGGGCGCCGGCAAGGAUGGCGUCAAGGAGGAGGACGAGGCCAGCAGUGAGGCGGAGGACAUUACAACCGGUGAGGCCAGGUCACCGGCACAGUCAGAGAGUGGCUCAGAUGACAAUCCAUCCGAAGAGGAUGAGCAACGCGCCGCCUCCCCCGCCCCCACAGCCGAGGUCAAGACUCAGACCUCAGGAUCUGCCACAACUCCAGUCCCAACAAAGAUAUUGUUCAAGAAGAAGUGA